AUGGCAGUGUUGAUAGACGAUAUAUCAUCCAAAGAAUUCUUCGGCAUCUUCGAUGGAUACUUAAAUGAUGAUGAUACGGUUGGCCGGCGAGAAAAAAUAUUCACCAAGAAUGGAGAGAGAAAAGUUUGGUACCUGACGGGAGACAAGGCGAGGAGGGAUAACGACGGCUAUUUCUGGUUUGUUGGUCGGUCAGACGAUGUCAUCAACUCUUCUGGAUAUCGCAUCGGUCCCUUUGAAGUAGAAUUGACUUUGAAACUACACCCAUCAGUAGUUGAAUCCGCCGUGAUAUCCUCUCCAGAUCCAAUCCGAGGGGAGGUCGUGAAGGCCUUUGUCGUUUUGACCCAUGAAUGA